CCCUAAUUAAAGAAUGCCUUCUUCUUUUGCUACAUUCAAAAACUAAACUCGUAUCGUGAUAGAUCUAGGGUUUUCAGUCGGAAAUGACGAUUUCAGCACAAACACCUGAUAUCUUGGGAGAUCGACAGUCAGGCCAAGAUGUGAGAACUCAAAAUGUUGUGGCUUGCCAAGCAAUUUCAAACAUCGUCAAAUCAUCACUUGGACCUGUUGGAUUAGACAAGAUGCUUGUGGAUGAUAUCGGUGAUGUAACAAUCACAAACGAUGGUGCUACAAUACUGAAGAUGUUAGAAGUUGAGCAUCCAGCUGCUAAGGUACUUGUUGAGUUAGCCGAGUUACAAGAUCGGGAAGUUGGAGAUGGUACCACUUCUGUCGUGAUUGUUGCUGCAGAAUUGCUCAAGAGAGCCAAUGAUCUUGUCAGGAAUAAGAUACAUCCAACAUCUAUAAUCAGCGGGUACAGACUUGCUAUGAGAGAAGCCUGCAAGUAUAUUGAUGAGAAACUGGCUGUUAAGGUUGAAAAGCUUGGGAAAGAUUCGCUUAUCAACUGUGCAAAGACAAGCAUGUCUUCGAAACUAAUUGCUGGAGAUAGUGAUUUUUUUGCGAAUUUGGUUGUAGAUGCAGUACAAGCAGUGAAGACAACUAAUGUUCGGGGAGAAAUUAGAUACCCGAUCAAGGGGAUUAAUAUUCUGAAAGCUCAUGGUCAAAGUGCAAAGGACAGCUACUUGUUGAAGGGUUACGCUCUCAAUACUGGUCGUGCUGCACAAGGGAUGCCUACUAGAGUUUCCCCUGCGCGCAUUGCGUGCCUUGAUUUUAAUCUUCAGAAGACGAAGAUGCAGAUGGGUGUUCAAGUCUUGGUCAGUGACCCUAGGGAACUUGAAAAAAUUAGGCAGAGAGAAGCUGACAUGACAAAGGAGCGCAUUGAGAAACUAUUGAAAGCAGGAGCCAAUGUUGUUCUUACAACCAAAGGAAUUGAUGAUAUGGCACUCAAGUACUUUGUGGAAGCUGGGGCAAUUGCAGUAAGGCGUGUUCACAAAGAAGAUUUGCGUCAUGUUGCCAAAGCAACUGGUGCCACUGCUGUCUCCACAUUUGCUGACAUGGAGGGAGAAGAGACAUUUGAUCCAUCACUCCUUGGAUUUGCAGAUGAAGUUGUAGAAGAGCGCAUUUCUGAUGAUGAUGUUAUUAUGAUUAAAGGGACCAAGAACAAUAGUGCUGUAUCAUUGAUCCUCAGAGGUGCAAAUGACUACAUGCUAGACGAGAUGGAAAGAGCAUUGCAUGAUGCUUUGUGCAUUGUCAAGAGGACCCUUGAGUCCAAUGUGGUGGUUGCUAGCGGAGGUGCUGUCGAGUCUGCAUUAUCUGUGUAUUUGGAGUACCUUGCAACAACUUUGGGAUCUCGGGAACAGUUGGCAAUAGCGGAGUUUGCUGAAGCUCUUUUGAUCAUACCUAAGGUUCUUUCUGUAAACGCUGCUAAGGAUGCCACUGAGUUGGUUGCAAAACUUAGAGCUUACCACCAUACUGCGCAAACAAAGGCAGACAAGCAGCAUCUUUCAAGCAUGGGUCUAGAUCUUACCAAGGGAACCACACGCAACAAUUUAGAAGCUGGUGUUAUUGAACCUGCGAUGAGCAAAGUGAAGAUCAUACAGUUUGCAACUGAAGCAGCAAUAACGAUUCUUCGAAUUGAUGACAUGAUCAAGCUCGUCAAAGAUGACCAGGGUGAGGAGUAAAGUGGCCGCAGUUACGACAGAAUCCAGGUUGGAGCUCUUUCUUCACUACUGGAACACUCUUCCAGGUGUGGCUUUCUCUUCAAGGGUUCUCUUUUGUUGCCUUGAAAUUGAACAUGAAUUUUAGGAGUUUCAGGAUUGAUAUAUUAGCUUGGGUUUUAGCAUAUUACUGCCCUGGUUGUGCAUGUUUUUUCUGAUUACUCUUUGACCUCUACUGUUGCAAUUAUGCUUUUAUAGGUAGGAUAGUCAGUGUCAGAAUGUGGUUUUGGAAUUUUUAUGUGUUUAACACCUCCUCUUUAUCAUCCUUGUGUGAUUCUGAUUUUCGAAUUUAGGCUGCUGCUGUAGAUGAUACAACUGACCGAGGAAUUUUGAUGUAUUGCUUAUAAAAUCCCUACCCUUGUCA